GCUGUAGUUACCAUUAAUUAAUCAAUCGUUCAAUCAUCUGAGAUGUCAGAAAAAACUCCGUUAUUACACUAUCGACUUACCUGCAACACCGGUCCGGAGCUCACCGACACCGUGGUCAAGAUGGACGAAGACGACCGAAGAGCCGAAGACCAAACGAGCCGGAAGCUCGGAGUGGUGUUUGGGGUGGUCAUACCAACAUUACUGGCCAUGUUUAGCGUCGUUGUGUUCUUGCGAAUUGGGUUUGUUGUGGGUCAAGCAGGGCUGUACCAGUCUAUUGCCAUGUUUCUGGUGGCCUACUUCAUCAUCACAAUGACGGUGCUUUCUGUCUGUGCCAUCUCCACCAACGGGGCGCUAGAUGCCGGAGGUGCCUACUACAUGAUCAGCCGAGCCCUGGGACCAGAGUUUGGUGGCAGCAUUGGGAUCAUGUUUUUCCUGGCCAAUGUGUGUGGUAGUGCACUCUACAUUUUGGGUUUGGUUGAGGCUAUAAUGCCUACCUUUGGAGUCCCAAAAGGUACCGUUGCAGGUCUCCAUCAUGUGUUGCCUUCAGGAUACUGGUGGUUUCUGCUUUAUGGCACGGUCCUGCUGUUCCUCUGUUUCAUUGUCUGUUUGGUUGGAGCCCACAUCUACGCCAAAGCCACCUUCGUUAUCUUCAUCAUAGUCGUGACAGCCCUGGCUUCUAUCUUCAUUAGUUUUUUUACUGUGGCUCCCGUUGGUGUGAUUCUGCCCGAUACUUCUGCUCUAAACAGCACCAGCAUGAGCACCGCCAAUUAUACUGGCUUCAGGCUCCACACGUUGGAGAGUAACCUAUUCUCCAAUUACACGGUAGACUACACCACUGAUGCCAUGAUGAGUUUUGCCACAGUGUUUGCUGUCAUGUUCAAUGGCUGCACUGGAAUCAUGGCUGGCUCCAACAUGUCAGGUGACCUGAAAAAUCCCAGCUAUUCCAUCCCAAGAGGAACACUUGCAGCUGUUCUUAUAACUUUCAUUGCUUACAGUCUGCUUAGUCUGCUGGCUGCGUGGUCCUGUGACCGUUACCUACUACAAAGAGACUACAGUUUCCUGGGUGACAUCAAUAUAUGGCCUCCCAUGGUGACACUUGGUAUCUACUCCUCUGCCAUGUCUGCUGCAAUGAGUAACCUUAUAGGAGCCUCCAGGAUACUGUAUGCUCUAUCCAAAGACAACCUGUUUGGUGGUUGUCUGGCUCUGGCAAAGAAAACAUCUCAGAGUGGGAACCCCUGGGUCUCGGUACUUGUCUCCUGGUUGCUUGUGCAGGUGGUACUGUUUGCUGGUAAAUUGAACACCAUUGCUGGUAUAGUAACCAUCUUCUUCUUGUUGGUCUAUGCUGCUGUGAACCUGGCCUGUCUGGCUAUGGAGUGGGCUUCUGCACCAAACUUCAGACCCUCGUUCCCUUGUUUUACAUGGCACACCUGCACUCUGGGCAUCCUUGGCUGCCUGGUCAUGAUGUUCUUAAUCAGUUCCAUUUAUGCUUUCGUCAGCAUCGCCUUUAUGCUGCUUCUCUUGAUGCUUAUUCACUACCUGGGGCCUAUUAGCAAAUGGGGCUACAUCAGCCAGGCUCUCAUUUUUCACCAGGUGCGCAAGUACUUGUUGAUGUUAGACGUACGCAAGGACCAUGUGAAGUUCUGGAGGCCCCAGGUGCUACUGCUCAUUAAAAACCCUAGUAGCUGUAUGGGUCUCAUGACUUUCAUUAAUGACUUGAAGAAGAGUGGCCUCUAUGUGCUGGGACAUGUGAAGCUGGGUGUGCUGGAUGAGUUGCCCUGUGAUCCUUUUCAGAGCUGUUAUGACUCCUGGCUGUCUUUAGUGGAUCAUUUAAAAAUCAAAGCAUUUGUUAACCUCACUCUGGCUGAGUCUGUUCGACACGGAGUUCAAAAUCUGCUUUUCAUCUCAGGCUUUGGUGGAAUGAGACCCAACACACUUGUAUUGGGUUUCUAUGAUGACUGCUUCCCUCAAGACCACCUACAAGGUGAAAUUCUCCUGUCAGCAGCCCAUGGAGUGGAUGCAGUCUGUUCAAACACAGACCCCGAAGAGCAGUGCUCCCCCUUCCUUCCCAGUGUACCGGCUGAUGAGAGACCCAAAGACCUCAAGGCAGAGGAAUAUGUGUCAGUGAUUGCUGAUGCUGUAAAAAUGGGAAAGAAUGUGACGCUAGCUCGUUAUUUUAACCAGUUCAAGCGGGACAAAGUCUUAUGGUCAGGACGAAAGACAAGAGGCCACCGAAAGGUGACGGGGCCAUUCAUUGACGUGUGGCCUCUUAAUCUGCUUCUACCAGACAGUCGUGGUUAUGUUGACAUCUGCUCAUUGUUCCUGCUGCAGCUGGCCUGCGUGCUUCAAGAGACCCGUGCUUGGAAUCAGGCGAGACUUCGCCUCUUCCUGUGUGUGGAGGCUGGUUGCAGCCUGCAAGAAGAGGAGGAGAAGAAGCUCCGGAUGAUGCUAGAGGAACUCAGGAUCUCUGCUCAGGUGCAGAUGGUGCCUUGGGACCAUGUGGUGGCUUUGCACUGGCAGAGAGAAGGAGGAAGAGGGAAUCUAAUAGAGCCUGCACACAGUGAGAAUGAGAUACAAGAGGAAGAUGGUAUCCAAACAGUUCCCGAUAAUGCUUCUCGCCUGACAGAUGAGUACGUCUGUGCUGUCAACAGUCUGAUUUAUGGACAUAGUGCCCCUCAACCAGCUGUACGUUUCCUAUAUUUGCCAUGCCCCCCAGCAGACACAAGCCUUUACCGUGCCUACCUGCAUCAGGUGGACCUUUUGAGUCGAGACCUUGGCCCGACAUUACUUGUUCAUGGAGUCACUCCUGUGGUCACUACUGACCUCUAGAAUUUUACAACAAAACCACAAUAACAACCAUAAUCUGGUAUUGGUCAUUGAUGUUAAGUACACAACAUUUAAUAUGUCAGUCACAGUAUCGCACAACACUGAUGCUGCAAAACUCCAGUUUUACACUUGACUCAAAUGCAGAAUUUGCAUUUAAACAGUUGUUGUUUCUCUUAAGACACUUGGGAAAUAGUGUUUUAAGCAGUUUAGUCACCACUCAGAGAUUAGACUAAAGUGAUGUACAGAGAAGUAGAUCAGAGAAGAUGUAUAAAGCUUUUGUUCUUGCUUAGCUUUUCACGAAUUUGUGAAAGUACUGUUAACACAGUGGGGUGCUCCCUUGAAUGUUGACUGUUUGUACAUGUUCAUCAGAAAAUAAAUUAGUCAUAUUACCUCAAACAUCUGCUGUUAUUAGAUAAUCAUCAGCCUGUUGUUUCACUAUUCCAUCAAUCCAGUUUAUAGCAAGGGUGAGCUACACCUGAAUGCCUGGUGAGCCAGCAGAGGGCAGUAUAUACCCAGUAUCGUGGUAGUCAUGAUCCAUGCUGAACAAAGUUUGCCUUUACAAGCUUCUUUGUGUAGUAAAAGUGCAAAUGCCACUGAAUA